AUGGUUUUCUUAAGUACGUCUCAAGUCGAGCAACAAAUAGGUGAAAAAGAUGGAAAAGUUAUUCUCGAGCCGCUAAAUCCCCCUUCGCGUGACAAUCACACCAAAAGUAGCAUUUCGGGCAAGGGUGAUCAAUUGGAUAAACAACAAUUUAGUGUUCCAUCAUAUGUCAAUCACACCAAAAGUAUAAGUUCUGGCUCCCAAUCUAGUGUUAAACCAACACCACGUAUUCUUCCUUCUCAAAGCAAAAAUGAUAGUUUCGAAGAUUUUCAUGAAUUUGUCAACUCAGUAGAUUGCACCUUAUCAGAAGCUUUAUCAGAUUAUUGCAACAUCAAAGGGAUGACAAGAGUUCAUGGGCCUACCUCCACCAUUUUCACUAGUAAUUUGGAUGGAAAUAAGUCAUGGGUCAUAAAACCUUACCCUAGAAAGGGAAGCGGUGCGAUGAAAUCUAUUCGAGAAUGGAAGAUAAAGCCUGAAGAAGAUCAAGAUAUGCCAAGUUGCGCAACGAUUCACACUGAUCCCGCCAUCAUUUUCUCAAUAGGUGGUUAUUCAGGAAAUCUUUUUCAUGAUUUCUCUGAUAUCAUAAUUCCUUUGGUCACAAAUACACAAGCUUUCAAUCGAAAAGUGCAUCUUUUGGUGACAAAUAACAAAAGUUGGUGGAUUUAUAAGUUCCAAACACUACUAAACCAUCUUUCUAAUUAUCAAGUUGUCAAUAUUGACAUUGAAAACCAAAUACAUUGCUACCCAAACACAAUCAUUGGCCUAAAAUCGUAUAAAGAGCUAGCCAUCGACUCAUCUAGAUCAAUCAACAACUACUCCAUGAACAAUUUUCGUGAUUUCUUAAGGUCCACUUACUCUUUAGAAAGACGAGAAGUGAUCAACCUAAAAUCUAACAAUAACCAAAGGCCACGUUUAAUGAUAAUAUCAAGAAAAAGUACAAGAAGAAUAACCAACGAGGCGAAAAUUGUGAGAAUGGCUCAAAAGUUAGGGUAUGAAGUAAUUAUAGCAAAUGAAACUCUAAUUACUAAUCUUUCAAAAUUUUCUCAAAUUGUGAAUUCUUGUGAUGUGUUCAUGGGAGUGCAUGGAGCCGGGCUAACGAACAUGGUGUUCUUACCGGAUCACGCUGUGGUAAUACAAGUGGUCCCACUCGGUGGGAUCGAGGGGAUUGCUAGAAUGGAUUUUGAGGAACCAUCAAAAGACAUGAAGUUGAGGUAUUUGAAGUAUAGUAUAAGGGUGAAAGAAAGUUCAUUGUCGACACAAUACGCAGCUGAUGAUGUCGUUUUAAGAGAUCCAAUUGUGAUACAUAAACAAGGGUGGGAUGUACUUAGGAAUACUUAUUUGGUUCAACAAAAUGUAAAGCUUGAUGUUCGAAGGUUUAGAUCCACUUUAUUAAAAGCUUUAAAGCUUUUACAGACAUUUUAA